AUGUUUCUCUCUCAGAAAAAUUAUGCAGUAGAUAUUAUAGAGCGUGCGGGCAUGACUGCCUGUAAGCCAAGUCAGACACCGGUCGACACCAAAGCCAAACUUGGUGCCACGGUCGGGCCUCCUUACGAUGAUCCCACCCAAUAUCGUAAGUUGGCCGGAGCGUUGCAGUACCUUACAUUCACAAGACCAGACAUCUCCUAUGCGGUUCAACAAGUAUGCCUUCACAUGCAUGAUCCUAAGGUUGCACAUAUGCAUGCUCUUAAACGCAUAGUACGAUACAUUCAAGGUACUAUUGAGUUUGGUCUCCAUCUGUACAAAUCCUCCAUUGCCUCUCUUGUCUCUUAUACAGAUGCAGAUUGGGGUGGUUGUCGAGACACUCGCCGAUCCACAUCUGGUUACUGUGUCUUCCUUGGCAAUAACCUCCUCUCAUGGUCAUCCAAACGGCAACCUACUAUGUCUAAGUCGAGUGCCAGGGCCGAAUACCGUGGCGUCGCUAAUGUCGUCUCUGAGUCCUGUUGGCUUCGCAACCUUCUUUUGGAGCUCCGUUGUCCCAUCCGGACAGCUACAUUGGUUUAUUGUGAUAAUGUUAGUGCCAUAUACAUAUCAAGUAAUCCGUUCAAAGACCAACGCACUAAACAUAUUGAGAUGGACAUACAUUUCGUACGCGAGAAAGUUGCCGUGGAGAAGUUCGUGUUCUUCACGUCCCGUCCCGUUACCAGAUCGCAGAUAUCUUCACUAAAGGUCUUCCGCGCGUGCUCUUUGAUGAUUUCAGGGACAGUCUAA